AUGAUAAAAGUACUGUACUCUCGCCAUGCUUCAGAGCAGCUUUUACUAUUCGCUCUCAGAUCCAGCUCUAGAGAAGCAAUCAUCUUGCCUCUCUACCUUACAACUAUUCAUGGUAUUAUGCUGUCCCACGCACCUGUCAUGGAGAAAUUAGAAGCAGCUAAGCAUUGGACUCCACCAAUCACUGCAAGCAUCCAUGGAUUUCUUCUCAUCACUGAACCCCCUCAUCAAGCAGAAAGCAAUAAUGCACACAAAGACAUCUUGAGCUUGACAACCAUUGAUUAUGUUAGCUACUAG